AUGGCUGCCAGUCGCUCUUACCCCAACAUUAUUAUCACUGGAACGCCGGGAACGGGUAAAUCGACGCAUGCACAAUUGCUUGCACAGGAAUCACCGAUCCCCCUGAAGCACAUCAAUGUCGGGGAAAUGGUGAAGGACCGAGGAUUGCAUGAAAGCUUUGACGAAGAAUGGCAAUCAUAUACCGUGGACGAAGACAAACUCCUUGACGAGUUAGAACCGCUCGCCGAUCGAGGCGGAUUAAUUCUCGAUUGGCACACUUGCGACAUAUUCCCAGAACGGUGGAUCGACCUCGUUAUCGUGCUCCGUUGUAAACAUACUCUCGUCUGGGAAAGACUAGAAAAGCGAGAUUAUCCGUUGAAAAAAAUCCAAGAAAAUAACGAAGCAGAGAUUAUGGGUGUCGUAUCCGACGAGGCCAGAGAAUCUUAUCAGUCAGAGAUUGUCGUGGAACUCACAAGUGAAUCUAUGGAAGAUCUUCAAGAGAAUGUCUCGCGGAUGGUGGAAUGGAUUAGCAAUUGGCUUGACAAUAACGCCAAGCAACACAACGGGACCCAAAGCUAG